CGUUCGUUUUAACGUUUACUUCUUCAAUUGCUAGUUUUAACUAUCACACACUGUGAAAGAUAUUUGGCAGGCGCAUUUUUCCUUCCAUCGAUUACCAAUUACCGAGAUAAACAGCUAUUAUAAGAUCGAAUAUAUUACACGUCUACGUGACCCAAGAGCCUACUUGGCGCAUCACGUGCAAGUGACUUUUAAAAGUGCACCUCGCCAUGCAUAUAUUCGUGACUCGUGUCCAGAGACGACCAGUGCUACGUUGACCUUUCGAUAAUGUCGUCGAAGUCGGCGGCUGCAGCUGCGGCAGAUGCAACGCUAAUAACGAUCGUGCUUCUCAUCUGUGUACGUGGCGCCUUCUCCUAAGCCAGUGGUUCUUAACCUUUUGUCUACCACGGACCCCCUUUGGAUAAUUUUUCUGUCGUCACGAGCCACCAACAUCUAACUGGAACUUGAAAUCCUCGAAAAUUAAACGUUGUAACGUUAGUAACCCGUACAACUUUUUGCACAAAACUAUGCGAGCAAGGACCUCGUGACAGGUUAAGAAUUGCUGUUCCGAGCCAUUUUAACGCCACUGCGCUUUCUAAUGCGAUCGAGAAGAUGUAUGCAAAAGUAUAGAACGUCGAUAAGUUAUCAGUCCCAAACCUUUCUGUUCGAUCGAGUACGACAUAGCCGAGGACGAUCGAAAGUAAGGCUAUUGCCGGAAGGAAAUUGCGUAAACGUUUCUCGAGCUUGCCCGAACGUUAGAAAGUUUCAAAUAUCUCGUGUCGCCAGUCGUUCCGAAAAGUUAUUCACUGCAACUUCUCUAGCUAGGGAUUUUCACGUGUCGAUUAUAUCAAUCCUUGAUGGCAUGAUCGAUACAUGAUACUUUAUUCGUGGCGAUAAGUAUUAAUCCUGUAAGGAAUUCUUUUCAGGAAAAAAGUAUUUUUCGAAGCAGUUAGUAAUAAUUAGCUUGGCUUUUGUCCAUCGCGGCCUUUGUGAUAUAAACGCGUGGAUUAUUGAAAAAGCGAAAAGAAAGAAAAUAACCUACAGAAACGUAAUACCAACAAAGUCACGCAAAACGUGUUCUCGGUGGUUUUUAGUUACUUUGCAAAGAUUAUCGAUCUUUUUUCGUUCCUAUUGCGUUCUAUUGCGUAUUAAAUGGUUGAUUUCGUUCGACAGAAUCUAUUAACCACGAGUGUUGUUAAAUAAGACUUGUCAGACGUUGGCCGAACGCUUCGCAUUUAACCAAACACAGCGUGAUCGUUGUUUCGUCGAUCGUUUUAUCGAAUUACAAAUCGACAUGGAAUUCUCGUAAAACUUGAAAUUUGCACGCGAUGCGACAACAAUCGCAAAAUCGAUAGGGAUUUUUAAAAAGCCAUAGACUAUAAGGGAAGAGAGAAGCUGCUGUGGACGUGAAAAACAAAGAAUGGAAACAUGGAAGUAAGAAAUUGGAAAGAAGCCACCAUAGAACACCACACCUUAGUGCGCUAAGAACUAAAAGAGAACAUAAAUUGUAUUCUCAGGAGAACAACGGGAGAAGACAGUGAACAACGGUUCGUGUCGCAAAACGGAAAGUCGUUGCGAAACGAGGAAACGAUUAUAGAAAUGCAACGGUAUUAUUUCUCAUUAUAUUGCACAAAACUGUAACGUGGCGCGCUCGGUUGUUCGUUAUGAGCUGUAUGGCGCAUUUCCCCCAGGCAAAUAUACGUCUGCGCGACGAGAAUAACUCGUAAUUGUACUUCAUUUAGCCGAGCUCGUCAGCUCUUGUGCUCACCUGCUUGAAAGGCACGUAUAAUCGGAUUUAUCGUUCUUUUCGAUGCUCUUGAAAACGUUUCAAACGCGACGCCUCUUACGACACGGGGCGGAAAAGGCAUCGAGUCAUUGAAGGAAGAUCGACGAUGGGUAAGCGAAGAAGCGAGAUUCUACGACUUAGAAUAAGACGAAAGUGAAGAAUAAUAGAAUUAAGUUGCAGACUUACUUACUUAUCUCAGGCUGAUGGUCAAGAUAUCCUGUACCAUCGCAAAUACACUGGCAGACAAUGGACCUCGAAGUAAAGCACUGUCCAUCGAAGAAUUCGUAACCUCGCACAAAGUGCCGGAGAACAUCCCACGGCCGUGGGAUUACGACGAGGACGACGACGACGUGGUCGACGUGGAAAGAAAAACGAUCUCGAAGCACGGGAAACACGCGAAGAAGGUUAUACCAAAGUUCGAGAGUUUCGAUAAGAAGCCGGGCGAUCUGGAUCCAGUCAGACGUUUCGAUUUCGUCGAUGAAGACAAAGCGACUAACGGUAACAACGCGAAACGGCAGGUUCGCGUCGAAUUGGAAAACUUCGGCGACACCGGAGUCCUUCAAGAAGAUGGUAUCCGAAGAUCGGAUACGCACAGGUCGCGGCUACAGAAUAACAAAGACUCGGUCAUUCCUGGAGUGCACGUCAGCGACGAGUAUCCGACUACCAUGAUGCCGGUUCUCACGACGCCACGCGAGGCGCGUGCUUUCGAUUUCGUCCCGGUGAACAUCAUCCGUGACGAUGGUAAAGAAACGUCGUUCCACGAACGAAACUUUGGCGACUUCAGCGACGUCAGUUUAGUGCCCGCUGGAACGAAUUCGCGCAUCCAGGUAAAGAAAGGACCGAACGGAAAGGACUACGAAUACGAGUACGUAUACUAUUACUAUGACGAGGAGGACGAGAACAAGGCGGGUACAGCGGACUCUGCUGUCACCAAUUCUUACGACGUUCCUUCUAGAACUACGUCCGCGCCUAGGCGCGGAGGAUCCUCCGCCAACAGAAGCAAGUACAGUAACGUGGAAAGGUCGAGCACGGUGGAACCUGCCAGCAACGAAGUGAUACCAAAUCGCAAUAACAACAGAGGCAGGCAAUUGGUCGACGCGGAAGACGUCUCCGAAGAAAGGUUACCAACGAACACUAGAUUUCCACCUAGAUCACGAUCGAAUCACAACACGGCGACCACGGAGCCUUCUAGAACCCGCGGGAAUCGUCCUAGACCUGGUCUAGACCUCGUUGACUCGAGCAGUUUUCGAACGCAUCAAGAGGGUCCGGAGUUUCCUCAGGUUCUACCUAAGGGACCCGUCAGAUUUCUCGGUGUUACUCCGAACGAGGACAAUGGAGAAGAGAGAGCGACAGCUAGAGGACGCGGCAAACCGCAAAGGGUCCAAGAACCUGCUCCUGUAGAAGAGCUGGUCGAGGACGUGCCCGUUCCCACGACUAGGAGGAGACCGAUCACCACACUGUCGCCUCAAACCGAAGGCGAAGCAGUCAGAGGAUCCUCGCACGGCAGCGGAGAGAAAGAAGAGCAAACAGAAGAAACGUCUUCGCCAACAGAGAAGAGCAGAGACAAACAACCAUCAAGCAAGCAAGAAUACGAAGACUCGGAUUCCUCUUCAACGACCUCGGCAAGCACCGCUUCAACUGCCAUGGAAGAUCCAACCACAGAGUAUCCGUCUUCGAUGGACAAAGUGGCGCUCGACUUGUACGCUUUCGUGCAACAGGGUCAAAAUAAUUUGGUGGACGCGCCUAGCAGCGAAGCUACCGAUUCUUCGUCAGACGAAUCGACGAUAUCUAACGAGGAAGCUACUACCGAUCUGGCAGCUGUGACGGAAAUGUCCGCCACCACGGUGACCCUGGAACCCACGACGAUCACCACUACGGCGUCGCCCACCGAACCGAUGACUACUACGGCUGCUACAACUACUACCGUUAGUACCACCACGACUACUACGACUACGACGACCGAACCUCCUACUACUACAACUACUCAGGCACCUGCUGGCAGGGGAAAGUUCAGGAGGCCAGGAAUAGGGGGAACUACAGGUUCCAGAAAUAGAUUCAAAUCCAACGGAGGCGGAAGUACGACAACCACCGAAGCUCCGGCGGAACCAACGCCGCGUACACGAAACCGCUUCGGGGGAAACGGUUCGAACGGCGGUGGUUUCAAGAGAAACCGUCCUGGACAAAAACAAGCGUCAGUGGAAGAGGACGCAGUGCAGAAAGAGAGUUCCAGCUCAGUGCACGCGGAACGUCCUUCCUCCAGUACUCGUAGCAGAUUUCGUGGCACUGGAUCCACGAGAUCCGUCUCGUCGACGACACCAGCCACGUCGAAUGGUGGGUCGACCGCUGCCUCCAAUGGACCGUCAGGAAUAUCAAGACCGUCUUUCAAUAAAUUAAACAUCAAUCGGCGACGUGGAAGACCGACUACGAAUGCUCCAAACGCUAGCGAAGAGAGCCAAGAGUCGACUCGCUCGGAAACAGCGAAGGAAACCGCGCAGGAAUCUGUUACGGCCGCGCCAAAGUCUACUGUUCGUGGACGACUUCCGACCACAGGAGUCAGACCAGUCAUUAAACCUGGGGCGAGGAUAAAUCUGAGAACCAAACCGGGUCAUUCGACGACCACUACGACUACCACGCCGCUGCCUGCAGAUAAAGAGGAAGAAUCGUCUAUCGACGAGCCAGCGGGAGAGGGAACCGAAGAGGAGACUCACGAGGCACCGGCAGAGACCAGCCCGCCGCCAACGCGUUCCACCACUGUGAACCCCCUAAACAAACUGCGAAACCGAAACAGACUACAAGUACAUCCAAAAACGACUACCAGAGCGCCAGUGUCGUUAGCAUCGAGAAGAUCGCCGUUGUUACCACGUCGCAAGGUAACCGAGGCACCAGUUGCCCAAUCUAGCCAGGAGGAAGCGUCCGAGGAAGCAGACAGUUCCAGCGAAACAGAGGCGACCGAAGCCACAUCGGCUGAAACGAGCACAGCAGCGAGCACAAAACACGAGGAAACCAGAGGACUCGGUGGACUUUUGGCGCCCAGGCGCAGGAUAACGCCGCGACGACCUGGACAAAUCAUCUCGCGGGAGUAACAAUGAAUAAUUAAACGAACGAUCCUACCUAUCCAUCGAGCCGUUUCUAUUCCUCGUCGUAGUCGGAAUCGAGAAGGAUCAAAGUCACUUGAAAACGCGAUCAAUUACGAAUCUGAGGGGAGGCCGACAGAGAAGCUCUUAUCGCGAAAAUUGACGCGAGAAUUCGAGAAGAAAAGGCUUAAGAUAGUAAAGACCGCCAUCGUUCCUGAAUUUUCAGUAUUCGUGUCAUUUUUCAGCUCGAAUUUCGUAGGAGAAAAGGGAAAUUCUGUCGCGUUAGUUUAUCUCGAUCGAACGACAAUCUCGAAAAUUGCUGACGAGGCGAGGGACCAUCCCCCGGGUGUAAAUCGCAAAUUUUGAGGAAAAUUAUGUAUAAUGACGUAGUUGUGGAAAAAAAUAUUUGACAUGUUUUUUUUGUCAUGCGUAUAGAGCGAACGUAUGAAUUAGACGGUGGAUGUAAGUACGUACAUGAUGAAAACCGUUUCCGGUUUUCACUGAGAGAAUUUUCACUGAAUGUGCGCGCACGAAUAUCACGCGACCGCUAUUGAACAUAAUAACGCGGUUUCUUAUCUUUAUUUAAUAAAUAAACGCGAUUCUCGUAGAAAGAUAUCGUCAGAUGCACUUUGCUAAAGCGAUACGUGGUCGCAUUCGACUCCACACUUUUAGAACGAUAUACAACUCGCGUCGUAUCGUAAGACAAUGUUUCUGUAAUUACAAUGUUCCAUGAUACGCUGUAAAUAUGAUACUGCAAUUAAAGAUAUGUAAACCCAAAUAUAUC